AUGGAAAAACUUAAGCAAAAGAAGAAGAAAAAGGUCUCGGAGUCGGACCCGAUCCCAACUGAUCUCCUUAUAGAUAUAUUCUCACGAGUCCCCGGAAAGUCAAUAGAGAGGUUUCGUUGCUUAUCUAAAUUCUGGAGAUGCACACUUGGCCUUCCUUAUUUCACUGAGUUGUUCCUCACCAGGUCUUUAGCUCGUCCACGGCUCUUGUUCGCCAUCAAAGUCGAUAAAGAGUUACUCUUCUUCUCUUCUCCUCAGCCUCAUAAUCCAGUUGACAACUCCACUCUUGUAGCCACCCGUUAUCGGAUGUACUUUCCCAAAUAUCUUCCAUCUCGAGUGCAUCCACCGCUCAGGGGAUCAGUCUUUAACGAGCAGGUGAUCUGUAACCCUGUCACGGGAGAGUCCAUAACCUUACCCAAAGCGAAUGUGAUGGGUGAAAAAACAAGUUUUUUUGGCUAUGAUCCAAUCAACAAACAGUUCAAAGUGUUGUGUAUCAGGUCACGUUAUGGUGGACGACCCAGAACUCAACGGGUAUUGACAUUGGGGACUGGAAAACUUAAAUGGAGAAGGACGAUGGAAUGCGAACCCCAUGGUGCUGGAAUUGGUGAAAUAGGCAUAAACGGUGUUUUGUAUUACAGAGCUUGCUCUAUAGAAUCUCCUCCUAUGCUAGCUUGUUUUGACUUUAGCUCUGAGAAGUUCAGCUUUUUUCAGUUGCUACAAAGGUACUUUGGUCAACUACAAAGUAUAACCGUAGGGUUAAGCUCAUACGACAAGAUCGGGAUCGAGUUUGACAUUGCUGGAGUGACCAGUACAGGUGAAGUUGUGUUUUUGCCGUACUAUAGAUCAAACUCUUUCUACAUUGUCUACUACAAUAUCGAGAGGAAAACUUUUGCGAGAGUCAGAAUUCUGGGAUUCGAACAGUUUCACCAUGGUAAAAAUAUUCUCGUUAACCCCUUUCUAGACUAUGUUGAGAAUAUGAAGCUUUUGGAAGACCGCUUCAUUACUUGA